CCUGCCAGGGUUGGUUGACCGAUCAAUGCGGAAAUGUGUCUGCGCAGCGGGUCGUGUGCGUGAUGUCCUUGCGUGCUGGAAUUUGGGCUAACCUCGACUGAAAACUCAGAAUUGUCUUUGUGGUGGUCACUGUUGUAUAAUAAACCUGAUUUGACUCGAAGAGACGAUCCGAUAUGCCUUUGCAUAAAUACCCGUCCAAAAUCUGGGACGUCCUGAAACUGAAGCAGGGCAUCUACGCUCGCCUCCCCAAACACUACCUCAAAUCCCUCGAACAGAAAGAGCCAACGCCCGUCCACUGGAGGCCUUUGGGAGUCCAGUAUCGUGCCAACCCCAAAACCGGGCUGAGGGAACGGGUCCAGGAUGUCCCGAUACCCAUCUUCUACCCUCCACCCGCGCAGGACGGCCUGUGGGGGGGAGAAGGCUGGAUAUCAGGCUUCAGAUACGCCAAUAACGACAAAAUGUCGAAUCGUCUGAGGAAGACCUGGAAACCGCAGCUGUUCAAGAGAGAGCUGUACAGCGAGAUCCUCGACCACACGUUCACCAUCACAGUCACGGCGCGCACUCUGAACCUCAUCGAUGCUGCCUUCGGGUUUGACUUCUACAUUCUCCAGACACCAAAGGAAGACCUGAACUCCAAGUUGGGGAUGGACCUCAAGAGGGCCAUGUUGAUCCGCCUGGCACGCAGGAACACGGAGCUUUACCCCUCUGACCCCGUGAAACAAGAGAAGGUCUACAACAAAUACAAGCACUUGGAGAUCCCAGAGGAGGAGGCGGAGUGGUUGGGCUUGAGUCUGGAGGAGGCCGUGGAGAAACAGAGGCAGCUGGAGCACAAGGAGCCGCAGCCUCUGUUUGAGGCCUGCGUGGAGGAGCUGUUGGAGGGGCUGCAUGUCCAGAAACUCUCUGAGCCGCACCUCGUAGAGAACAAGUGACGAAGUGAACCGUCUGAGCGGGACAGAGGCAGCUUUUCAGACUGAAAUACUAAGUAGGUGGAGCUUUCAAUCUUCUCCAGAUGGUGGUGGGAGUCGGACACAGCUUGUGAAACCUUUGCACCCGAGCGAAGCAUCCCGCAGUUUCAGCUUGCGUCUCCAUCCGAAAGCGACACAAAGGUGGAAAAGACACAAAUGACGAGGUCAUGUUGGAGCAACGCUUAUCUAUUUUCCUCUACACAAGACAUUUUAGGAGUGGGGAGAAAAGGCCUCCGUUAGUUUGAAUACUCCUUGACCAACAGUGAUAUCAGGUCAUUUUAACGGAUAUCCAAAAAAUAAAAGAUGACGAUUUUCUUCUUAAA